AUGAAUGGCCACAAUAUCCUUACCAAGAAACUCCAGGCGACUCUUGACGACCGUCUACUGAAAAGCCGCUUGAGUGAGCCUGCCUCGCCAGCCACACUGGCAAAGACCAUCGACUUCGGUUCCAACGACACCCUGUCUAUUUCCUCCUCCGGCAAGCUCAGCAAAGCGUUUCUCGAGGAGCUCCGUCGGCAUCCAAAUUUCACUAUUGGAAGCACUUCCGGUCGGAGCCUUGAGGGUACCUCGGGGUAUAUGAAAGAGGUAGAGACCCUCGCCAAUUUCCAUAAUGCAGAAACGGCUCUCUUUUUCAACUCUGGUUUCGACGCAAAUGUUGCUAUCUGGUUCGUCAUUCCUCAGCCGGGUGAUCUAGUCAUCUAUGACGAAUAUGUUCAUGCCAGAAUCCAUGAUGGCUUACGCACAGUAACCCUGAGGCUCUGCGGCAAUGUUUGA